GGAGGGAGCGCCCGCGACCACACUGCUCACAAUAAUAAUCGGUUGUCGUCUAUUAGUUAUCUUUCUCCACCGCUCGCUACAGUACCGUAGACUGGAUCUGAAAACCAAUGUAAUCCUGAAUCAUGGCUGCAAAAGAGGAUCUCUACAGCAAAAUCAUCCCGCGAAGACUUCGGCCGAAAGUACCUGGCACUGUGAAAUAUGGAUCGAAUUUGGACGUCCUCUUAUCGAUGGGUUUCCCCAAAGCCAGGGCAUUGAAGGCACUAGUAUCAACAGGAGGCAGGAAUGUACAGGCAGCAUGUGACUGGCUGUUCUCCCAUGUGGAUGACCCCUUCCUGGAUGACCCGUUGCCCAGAGAGUACGUCCUGUACCUGCGCCCCAGCGGACCCCUGCAGAAUCAGCUCCAUCACUUCUGGCAGCAGUCCCGAGUCUCCUGCGGAAAGAACAAGGCCCACAACAUCUUCCCCCACAUCACACUCUGCCAGUUCUUCAUGUGUGCAGACAGCAAGGUGGACGCCCUGUUGGAGGCCCUGCAGGCCACGGUGGACCAAUGGAGGGGUCGUUUCCCUAGCCCCCUGCCCCUGGAGCUCUACACCUCCUUCAACUUCAUAGGCCUCUUUGUUGAGGAGCAGAUCGCAGAGGUCCUCAAGCAGUUUGCUGCUGACUUUGCUUCCGAGGCUGCCAGAAAAGCUGAUGUCCAUUUAGAGCCCCAUAAGAAGCAGCUCCAUGUGACGUUAGCCUACCACUUCCCCACCAGUCACCUGACCUCCCUGGAAAAGCUGGCUAAGGGAAUCGAGGUGAAGCUAGGCUGUGAUUGGCUGGCUGUCCUUUUUUCCCGGGACAUACGGUUUGCCAAUCAUGAGACGCUGCGCGUGAUGUAUCCCUACGCCCCUCAGAAUGAGGACGAGCUGGAGCUGGUUCCGGGCGACUUUGUCUUCAUGUCUCCCUUGGAGCAGAACAACACUAGCGAGGGCUGGGUCUACGGGUCCUCCCUGGCCACGGGGCUGUCCGGCCUAUUGCCUGAGAACUACGUCAGCCGGGCAGACGAGUGUGACACCUGGGUCUUCCACGGAUCACACUCCUUCUUCAGUUGCUCCGCCCCCUCGGACAAAGUGAGCAGGGAAAGGGGCCUAUUUGAUGGGCUGCUGGACAGCCGUCUCCUCGACAACACAAGCCCUGGGGACACACCUACCUUGAGCCUCAUCUGUCAUCCCAUGCAGGUGCUUCGAGUCAGCAGCAAUCACUCUCAGAUGCCCAAGCGGACCCUGUUUGUCUGCCGGCACGGUGAGCGGAUGGAUGUGGUGUUUGGGAAACACUGGCUUUCACUGUGCUCUGAUUCCAAAGGUAGAUAUGUGCGCACUAACCUGAACAUGCCAGUCAGCCUGCCCAUGUGGAGUGGAGGACACAGAGAGUACAACAUGGACACCCCCAUCACUGUGUUUGGUUCCACACAAGCACGAACAGUGGGCGAGGCGUUGUUGGAGAGCAACACAGUGAUAGACUUUGUGUACUGUUCGCCCUCUCUGCGCUGUGUCCAGACUGCUCAGAACAUCCUCAAAGGUCUGCAGCAGGAUGGCAAGCUGAAGAUCAGAGUGGAGCCAGGGCUAUUCGAGUGGACCAAGUGGGUCUCUGGGAACUCUCUUCCUGCCUGGAUCCCUCCCACAGACCUGGCUGCAUCCCAGUUCACUGUUGACACAACAUACAGACCUCUCAUACCGAUAACCAAACUUAGCGUGUCAGAGUCCUAUGACACGUACAUGAGCCGGAGCUACCAAGUGACCAAAGACAUUCUGUCUGACUGCAAAAACAUGGGAAACAACAUACUGAUUGUUGCCCACGCUUCCUCUCUGGAGGCCUGCACCCGACAGCUCCAGGGCCGCAGCCCCCAGACCUCCAAGGACUUCAUCCAAGUAGUCAGGAAGAUCCCCUACCUGGGUUUCUGUUCCUGCGAGGAGCAGGGCGACACAGGAGUCUGGCAGCUGGUGGACCCGCCCAUCCUGCCCCUCACACAUGGACCCAACCACAGCUUCAACUGGAAGGAGACCCUCCUUCAGGAAUGACAUCCACUUCCCUGGAGAGCAGACUUGCUCAGCCCCAUUCCAAGGCUUAAGUUUCUGCUCAAAUAACAGGGAGAGACCCCACCAGAGUCAAUGGGUGGUUGGACCUGGAUGUACUGUACUGUACAUAUUGUCAUUUGACAGUAUUGUUGACAUUUCUAAUUUGACAGUAUUGUUGUUAGUGAGAGCAGAGAAGAGAAGAGAGUGAAGUUGAAGAGGGCCGGGCUACUGUAAGUCUCAGGGCCUGGGCCUGGUUGAUUACAUAUGACACCGAGUCAACAGCGUCAUAAGAAUUGUUUGUGUUUGGAAAAGCAAUUGCAUUCCUUGUCCCUCUUGCAUAUUAACUGUUGACGAGGGCAAAUGUUAUCCUCAAAAGCCCUUGACUGUAGCCGCAAGUCAUCUCACAGAUGUCUCCCAGUGUGGAAUCUGUGUUUCUGCGUGUAUAAAGUUGAUCUCGUUGGGGGGAAAAACCUGCUAAACUUAAUCCAUGCUCUCUUGAAUACUGUACAUACAACCACUUAUUCAUCCAUUUAAAAAGAUUGCAGUGUGGUCAGUACGAUGUCUUUUAUGGGCACAUUGUAUGCUGGUUGUAGAAAAACUUUGUGUUAACGUAGUAACCAAAAAAAUACGUCUUUGCCUGGUUGUUAUGUGACAAGAUAACAACCAGCAUAUGACGUAUUUACUAUGACAUCUUGAGCUCGUCAUAAAAAAAUACAUCUUUAUGUGGUUGUAACCGAGACUAGUUGGAAAUCUGGUUUUAUGACUUCUUCACAACCAGAAAACUGGUUUACAACUAGUUUGCAACCAGAAAAUGAAGUCAUUAAGACAACGUGUGUCAAAAUGUUUUUCACUGGGUGGCUUGUCACCCGGUUUGGUUGAAACAGUCUCGAUGGCACAAAGUGCACUACUGACAAUCACAGGUGAGCCUUGGUGAGGCCGGUCAAAUAACCAGUAGUUAGGAACUUGUAUGUGUUUGUUUUACAUAAUGUAAGGUCUUAUGGCAGAAUAGUUGUUGACCACUGCACUAGAAAACAUCUUUCAGUCUUCCAGUUGUGAAAUAUCAUAUACAAAAGGCCUGUCCCAUGGUAGGGAAAUACAUGUUUUUCUCAGGUGUAGAUUUCAUUGUGACCUUUUACAGUAUGUGCAUUUCAUUGGGCCAUGAAAUUUGUUGAGUGCCUCUUAAGAUUGAACCUGAUUUCUCUUGAUGUCUCAGUGAUGUCAGAGAGACGUUCUCUGCUCAUUGAGUCAGCUUUUGUUUAGCCUCAUCUAAAUCUAUCUGAUCUAUUCUUUCUGCAAAUAUUGAUUAUUAUGGAGGCUCUUAAACAAUGCUCCGAUGCUGUUCUUCCAUUGAUACAUGCAAGUACGAUACUUACAAGUACAAUUACAAAUUUGUGAUAAAGGGGUCAGUGAGGAACAAAGCAAGCCUACAUGCACUGUUGAGGAAACCCAGGAAAUCUGAAAACUGAGGAGGAAGCCAUCUCUGUCAAUUUGUGUUAAUUUAUUUUCUCCAAUAUUAUAUUUCCGAAUGUAUAUAAACUUUAAUUUAAGAAAUACACUUUUCACCAAAAUGCUUUGGUUUAGAGGACUAGUGGGCUAAGAUGUGCAAAAGAUUGAAAUGAAAACAAACUGAUUGAAGGAGGAGAUGAUACAGUAUUCCCUGUAUAUUCAGAUAUGAGCAUCUCUGAGGUGGGUUCUUUAUUUUGUUUCAAAUUUGGUUUCAAAUACCCCCCCCCCCCCCAUAUGAUACUGACAGUAUCACUUUUUCAGAUAUGUAGAAGUCACAUAUCAAAUAAAAAAAUCUGGAUAUUU